GUUCGUUGCCUCACUCCACGAAUGUUUCAAUAUCACAUUCUGAACUUGCUAGUACAGGCAGCAUAAAACAUAAUAUUACACGAAAUUAUCGAAAGGAAAGCCACGAUGGAGGGCUCCAAAACUCCUGAGCAAGCCAUUGCUCACAAGCGCAGUUUCGACGAUCAGCAAGACGAGGACUCGGCCACUAUGAAGGCCAGCGAAGAUCUGAAGCACACCCGCAUAUCUGACAAAGAGCCGACUGAGGGGGAAGCUUCCAAAGAUGAUGUUGGAAUCGCGAAACCUUCGUCGGACAAGAGCGGCAAUACGUCAGGUUUUACAAAGGAAACCACACCAGAGCGAUCAACGCGUUCGGGCGGGGAGGAUGAUGGAAUGAUGGAGCAGAUAUCCUCGCCGAAGAAAAAGAGAGUCAGAGAACAAGAUGAAGAAACGAAAGAAUCCGAUAAGAUCAGUAAAGAGCGAGUUCCUUCGAAUGGAAGCGCGACAAGUGCAGACCGAUCAGAUAGAUUGGAGCCAGAGAAGAAACGCCAUCGCGACACUUUGGAAGGCGGGGCAGAAGCCGCGGCCGUCGCUGCAUCACAACAGGGCAAACAAGUUACCAACGGCGAUGAAGGAUCUAAAACAGCCGAUAAGCCCAAAGGUAACGAAACCGAUUCCGAUAAGCGAUUACAGAAAGGAGAAGGAGAAACAUCUACCGAUAUGCCUCAAACAUCGUCCUCAGCAUUUGCAAGCUCCGGUUUUGGGGCCCUGGCAGCAUCUGGCACAUCUGGAUUCGGGGCGUUGGCGGGAAAGCCCAGCAUAUUCGGUGGUGGUUCUGCUACUACAGCAUCACCUUUCGGGGGGAAUCUCAAAGAAGAAACUGCCGCCAAUAAGAGUACAGAUGAGCCAAAGGCCGGAGAAGCCAGCAGCACAUUCGGUGGCGCAUUCGGAGGUGGCUCUGCCACUGGCUUUGGAGGUCAGGCCUCUGGCGGAUUUGGAGGCGGCUUCGGCGGUGCCUUAGGUGGUGGUGGCUUUGGUGGUGGCUUUGGCGGCGGCUUUGCUGCUAACCAGUCAAAAACAUUGUCCACAUUCGGUUCUGCAAACCCAGAUACGACUACAGCAGGAAAGCCGGCGAAAGCCUUUGGUGCCCCUGAGAGUGACGAAGAGGAGGAAUCAGGAGAUGAUGGCGAUGCUGAGGGAGAUGUUGGGUCUGAUGGAGAGGAUGAAAGCAGCACCUUCGAGGAUAAGAAAAAGCCAAAGCUGACCAAGGUGCCCAUACAUGAUGGCGAGGAAGACGAGGUAACACUGAGCCAAUUCAGAGCGAAGCUCUUCGCGAUGGAAUCGAAAGAGGAAGGCUGGAAGGAAAGGGGAGUUGGAAACCUGAAAGUAAAUGUCCACAAGACUUGCGUUGAGUUUGACGAAUAUACUGGAGCUGUGGUUCCGGGGAGCUUUGACGUCUCUCUCCGUGAUGACGAUGAUGACGCCCCGCCAGUCAUCGCCGCGCGACUGGUUAUGCGCCAAGAAAACACCCACCGAGUCAUUUUGAAUACGAUCAUUAAUAGAGCGCUCAAGCUCGAAGAGAAGCCCUCCAACGCAGCAGGCAAAGGGUACAUGUUUACAGCUUUCGAUGGAAGUAGGCCAAUAAACAUGCUUCUGAAGAUGAAUGAGAGCAAUGCGAAAUUGUUUAUAUCGGAGGUCUCAUCCGUCCAAAGUGGGCUUUUAUGAGUUUGAGCUUGAUGAAACGACGUAUACUAUGCGGAUAGCCCGGCCAAGGGCAUCGUUUUGUCUCUCCCAUUCUAAAAUGCCGAGGCCUUUACAACAAUGGGGGACGUCAUAUCAUGCAUUCGAUGAAGCGAUUGCCAGUCUUAUAAACAGCAGAGCACAGGGAACACUUAUGAGAACCUUUGUAACAUUUACAUCACGAACAAUACCCGAGGGAUGGAUCUACGGUCAUCAAUGCAUCAUGAAGGUUUGGGGUUGCCCAUAGCCUCUCCCAUAGAAUUCCAAUCGAAACAUGAUUCCAAGAAUCUAUGCUCACUGUUUUGUAUCUGCGUACCGCUCAUAGUAGACUGUACAAGAGCAAUGGAGGCUUCAUAAAUAAAUACCC